GCGCGCCCAGCCGGAGGAGGAGCCGCAGCCGGAGCCGCAGCCGCCGCUAGAGGCGCGUCGGGAGAAGUCGGCGGAAAGUUGGCGGCGGCAGUGGCAGCGGCGUCCUCCGCUUUGUCCCGGGCCGAGCCCGCCGCCGCUCCUGGACCCCGCGCCGCCCGCCUGAGCCGGGGAGAGAGAGAGGCCGGGCUCCCGAAGGGCGAGGGAGGUCCCGGCGCUGCCGGAGAGAGCAGGCAGGCGGGCGAGGCGGACGGGCGGGCGGGCGGAGGGGCUCCUGGGCUGCCCUCGGCCGGCCUCCUCCUCCUCCUCCUCCCGGCGCCGGCCAUGUCGUCCAUCCUGCCCUUCACGCCGCCCAUCGUGAAGCGGCUGCUGGGCUGGAAGAAGGGUGAGCAGAACGGGCAGGAGGAGAAGUGGUGCGAGAAGGCGGUCAAGAGCCUGGUCAAGAAGCUGAAGAAGACCGGGCAGCUGGACGAGCUGGAGAAGGCCAUCACCACCCAGAGUGCCGCCACCAAGUGCAUCACCAUCCCCAGGUCUCUGGAUGGUCGGCUGCAGGUGUCCCACCGGAAAGGCCUCCCACACGUCAUCUAUUGCCGGCUGUGGCGGUGGCCAGACCUUCAUAGCCACCAUGAACUGCGCGCCAUGGAAAUGUGCGAAUACGCAUUCAACAUGAAGAAGGACGAAGUCUGUGUGAAUCCAUAUCACUACCAAAGAGUGGAAACACCAGUAUUACCUCCGGUUUUGGUCCCACGACAUGCAGAAAUUCCAGCCGAAUUCCCUCCGCUCGACGAUUACAGCCAUUCCAUUCCCGAGAACACGAAUUUCCCAGCUGGCAUCGAACCUCAGAGCAACUACAUUCCAGAGACACCGCCUCCCGGGUAUCUGAGUGAGGAUGGAGACACCAGCGACCAUCAAAUGAACCACAGUUUAGAUGCAGGUUCUCCAAAUUUAUCUCCGAAUCCGAUGUCUCCUGCACACAGUAAUCUGGAUCUCCAGCCGGUCACCUACUGUGAACCUGCCUUCUGGUGCUCCAUUUCCUAUUAUGAGCUCAACCAGCGAGUGGGAGAGACAUUCCAUGCUUCUCAGCCCUCAAUGACCGUGGAUGGUUUCACGGACCCAUCAAAUUCAGAGCGCUUCUGCCUUGGCCUGCUUUCCAAUGUCAACCGCAAUGCAGCAGUGGAGCUCACCAGGCGGCACAUUGGGAGAGGAGUGAGGUUGUAUUACAUUGGAGGGGAAGUUUUUGCCGAGUGCCUUAGUGACAGUGCUAUAUUUGUCCAGUCCCCCAACUGCAACCAGCGUUAUGGCUGGCACCCAGCCACUGUGUGCAAAAUACCACCAGGGUGUAACUUGAAGAUAUUUAACAACCAAGAAUUCGCAGCCCUCCUGGCUCAGUCCGUCAACCAGGGCUUCGAGGCCGUCUACCAACUGACCCGCAUGUGUACCAUCCGGAUGAGCUUCGUCAAGGGCUGGGGAGCCGAGUACAGGCGGCAGACGGUCACAAGCACUCCCUGCUGGAUCGAGCUCCACCUGAACGGCCCCUUGCAGUGGCUGGAUAAGGUCUUGACGCAGAUGGGCUCCCCGAGCAUCCGUUGCUCCAGCGUCUCUUAAAGGAGGAGGAAGGUGGAACCAGGUCAAAUCUCGAGUAGGGACAAAAUAGCUCAGCCUUGGUAAUGUACAAAAAACAGAACGGAAAUGAGCAUUUAGGGUAGCAGCUGUGUCCUCCCAAGGCCGGGCCCUUUCUUCUGUCCAGUGAAAGAUUUUGAUAUCCUUGAUAGGAGCAAAGACUUCUUCAUAACGUUCAUGCGUUCACAGGAUCCACCCAAAGCUUUGAGAUGCCCAGGCCGGUCCUUCUGUGCGCCACUGGAGGAGAGCCUCGGCUACAUUGGCAGCUUGGAUUUCUAAUUUAGGAGAGGCUGGUCGGCUUUGCGAGACAGGCAACAGUUGGCAGAGACCCUUGGCAACAGUUCUUGGGAGGCUAGAGAGCAAGGAAAUGGUUCUGUUUCCUCCUUGCCCUUCCUCCUUCCUACCUCUUCGUGCGAGAAUUUCCACAUUGUACCGGGCCCACGGGGAGAAGAACGGAGGCAUCUUCUAAUAUUUCUUUUUGAGCAUCCACCUGGGCGACUGUGUGUUUUUCUCUGUCAACCGUUUGGAGGAGGGAAUUUUCUUCCUCAUCUGCAGCAGCCCUGGCUGAUGAGGUGCCAUUUGUUGGACUCGUGCCCCAAGGAAGGAGCUGCCGCCUUGUGCAUGAAACGGUUGCUUGAACUGACCCUGGGAUGGUCUAAGACCUCCUGUGUUAAAGGCAAGCAUCCCCAGCUCAUCCCUCGUCCUAUAGUCCAUGUUUUAAGGUUGCUUCUCCUUUGGACUCGCUUAGAACUUGCCACUUCUUCUGCGCUGUCCCGCUGGGCUCAUGAUCCUGUCUUCUCAAGAACCUCUGAAGGAGAAACUUUCGGAAAAGCCCAUUUGCCUGUCCUGCAUCCAAAGCUGCCUCUCAAAGCAUCAGCUGGAAGGGAAGAAGACCAUCAGCUAGAAGCUUUCUGGAGCAAAUUCAGCAGGAGAAACCUACACGCCUUCCUCAUCAAUACGAUCUCCUUGGUCAUUUGACUCAUCUGCCGAAACGGAUCUUUCCCACCCAUCAAAUCGGAACAGCCUGAUCCCAGCACGGCUCCCAGAUGAUUUAAUGGACAGUUAUUACUGUUUUGAUUCUUGUAACUAAGCAAACAUCUGUCAGCAGAUUUGGAGUCCUGCUUACUGUUCUUCAAAGCAGUUGUGUGUGGGUGUGGGUGUAUGUGUGCAAGGGUUCUACAGUGGCCAGUAAUUCUGGUUAGUACGCUUCAUGAUUGAGGGCAAAAUCCGUGUGUGGUGUCUUUGUGAUCAGAAGUAAGUGUUAUUCAUGCCAGUCAACACAUCUGGAAUUGUUCAGAAAUUUGGAUCUGUUUCUAGAUUCUCAAGACUUGGUAACAAACUUGUUCACUGGUCCCCAGAAGUUAGGAAUCCAUUAUUUUCUCUCAGAAUUGAGCAGAUUUUAAUUAAAAUCUAAAAACCUAAAACAAUAUCGAAGAACACAAUUUGAGAUACUUCAUGGUAAAGUAACUCAAAGCAUUUAACUGUUUUGAACAGGUUGUAUGUCUGUUCAGCGUGGGCGACUGGCAAAUAUUUGGGAAUGCGGAUAAGAAAUGCCAUUUAAAUUUCAGAUUCAUCUUUUGACAGGUUGUUUGAAGUUCAUUAUUAACCUUGUCGUCAUUCAGAAACAGAAAUGGCUGCCCCAUGGCGUAAAGCAGUGGUUCCCAAACUUGGCAACUUUAAGACUUGUGGACUUCAACUCCCAGAAUUCAGAGCUGGCUGGAGAAUUCUGGGAGUUGAAGUCCACAAGUCUUAAAGUUGCCAAGUUUGGGAACCACUGGCGUAAAGUGAGUGGAGCUUUCUCAGAAAAAGAGGAGCCUAAAAUGUCUUGUUCUCAAUCUGAGUAAUCUGUGAGCAGCAUUUGAAACGCAGUUGGGUUUUUCGUGGGGCUAAAUUCACCUUUCAAUAUCAGAGCAAUGCCAGAGUCGUCUUAAAAAUUGCAUUUAUAGAACCUUACUCUAUAACGAUUCAGAGUAACCUUAAACCCCUAACCAUACAAAAGUAUGUCGUAUAGAAUAUUUGAAUUUCAGAAAUGCUUUUAAAUAAUCCAAGGAGAGAAAACUUGCAGUGUGUGUGUGGUAUGCAUGCUUUUUGGAAAAAAAAAAAGUUAAUAGCAAUGGUGGCUGGUAGGAACAAUCAACCCAAAGACAUUUUUGAAGGCUUUUUUCAAAAAAAUGUGGCCCGUGUAGAUUUUUUUAGGCCUCCAGGAUGAAAUAUUUUUGCUCGGGUUCUGUACAGCUUUAGCCAUCGGUAUGUUCUAGUUCAGGAGUCUCCAACCUUGGUCACUUCAACUCCCAGAAUUCCCCAGCCAGCUGCACAUGAACAGUGACUGACUGGGGAAUUCUGGGAGUUGAAGUCCGUCAGGCUUAAAGUUGCCAAAAUUGGAGAGCCCUAUUCUAGCUGACUAGGGCUAGGGGAGGGGGGACUGUUGCUGUUUCACUGACCUUUAUUUCUUCCAGAUAUGCUGGGUUUGUGCUUAUAUUGUCUCUGGGAGUUCUGAGCAUCCUAGCCUGUUGGAUAAUUUUAGGGUAACUGUCCUUUAUGAUGAAAACUUAAUUUCUGGGUGCAGGGGAUUCACUUUCUUUUAGGGUUCUCUCCUUGAAACACUACAUUUCUUACAUUGAAGGAUCUAGUCACCCAAACCCAGUCAAUAAUUGGAUGGUGUAGCUCUUCCAGAUCAAUGAAACAGACGUAUUCUGCUUUUGAUUACUUAUUCACUGCUGGAAGGACAGAUUUCGGAAAGCCUACGCGAGUCUGCACAUGAACAGUAGAGAAAGUUUUAAGAGAUAGUUUUAAAUACAUAGAUAUAUAUUUUCUUACUCAGCAUAUUAGCCACUUUGCACAAGUCAGAGUUUAUUUCUCAAGAGUUCCUUUUUGUAUUCAGUUCUGUGAGAUAAGUCUGCAGGGUAAAUCAUUUCCCUGCCCAUAAAUCUUUCUUUCCAUUGUUGACAAAACUGAGGUAUGAUCACCAUUUUCACAGUUUCACAAACAGGAGAGGUUUCUUUAAAAAAUGUCCCUCUCUUGGUUUCACUACGUUCAGGGAAGAGGCAAGACGUUUUCCAUAGAUUGCAACCCUUGCUUCGUGUAGUCUGGGAUACCAAACCACCAAAAUGCCCAUGAAAUAGAGUUCAGCAAAAUUCUCAGAGGCAAUUUAAAUAACAUUUUUAUAAAUUUUCAACUGAACUCUUUGCUCUACAGAUAAAAGUGAUAAGAUCUUGUCGAAGAUCCUAUGUGAGCUAGAUAAAUUUUGUAAUUAAAAAUCCCAGCCUAAGGUUGUGUUUGUUGAUUAUGCUAAAUCAUAGUGUACAUUAUUUGGUUGUUGCUAGGAUGAUGCUUCCCAAACUUGGGUAAAUUACCCCAAAUUGGGUAAAAACAUUUUUUCUUUGGCUAACAACACAGGAACCUCAUGGGGACAUUUAAAUGAGGAUUUUCUGAUAAGAAGGUAUAAAUAGAAAAAAAUCAUCUCAAAUAGUUGUUUGGUAUUAAAUUGAUAUUUCAAAUUAGAUGUUGAAAUGUCCAGAAACUGCCAUAAAAUAAAAUAUACUUAAGUGCAUUUAAUUUUCCCCAUCCAUUGACCUGCUAAAAAUAUUCCUUGUGCCUUGUUAAAGGCUGCCUAGUAGAAAUUUGGAAAUGGUGCAGAGGGGCACCCAGUUCUAGCUCCCUGGGCUCAUUAGAUGGAGAAACAGGUGCCAAGUCAGGUAAGCUAUUGCUCAGGUGUGGGUCUGACCCCCUUUCAGGUCUUGAGUGGAACCUGCUAGUAUCAGGCUGCAUUUGUAACACCAAGCCAUUUCAUGGUUUGCCUUGACUUAAGUGGAUGCAUUCUGCAAACCUAGCCAAUCAUAGUUUAGUCAACAAAAUGUGAUUUAAGCAAGGCAUAGCAGAGAGAUAGGUGAACCCAAUCUUGUUCUCCAGAUAAAAAGGCCAGCUGACCCACUUCUUGCUACCUGAAAUGGAAGUUUGCGAAACAAGCCAUACAACAUGAAACUCACACAAGUGCCAAAAUCUUGAAAAGUCCUCACUGGGAUAUCUGGAGCUGCACCUCCAGGAAAGACUUGGUGACUUCACAAAUCUGAGUCCUGAGCGGUGCAGGCAUAUUUUUAAAAGGAAUCUGGAAGCAUUAUCUACUGGAGAGAAACGUUUUGGUUUACUGACCGGAUGUCCGUAUGAAGAGCACAAGAAACGCCUCGGGCAACAUUGUGCAAAGUAGAGGAUUGUUAAGAUAACGCUAAGUCUCCCUGUCCCCUCCCCUUUCAGGUUUACAUUGAUUGAAACUCCACAAAAUCUGGGGGACCCUGGAGCCCAUACAUUGCUCCGGAGAAAAUGCUUUGGGCUUUUGUUGACGGUUGAAAGUAACUUCCUUUGACUUUGAAAAGCCCCCCUCGGUUGGUCUGCUCCUAAAUACGAUUCUUUGCUGUUGUCCCUUGGAGGGAUCACCAAUGCUUGGCCCUUGGUGGUGAUGUGCCGUCCUGUGUGCUACAUUGAAGGCAUUGGAUGACAACUACUCCACUUCCUCUUUGCAACAGGUGAAAUUAACUCUCUUGGGAUUGGGAGGCGCUGAUCUUCUAGCAGUGCCUUUGUGUGGCUUUGUAUAACUUGUCUUGGGGCUGGGCCCCUGUUCAGGCUGAGGCUCUUCCCCCACAAGGUCAGGUGAUGCAGUGAGCACAUGCAUGUGUGUGCCAAACCACGCGGCUUCUGAACUUUUAAUUCGCGCAGGACCUUAAAUGGAGCAUCGGCCCAUGACUGGAAUCUCCUGGUUGUGGCAUCCUUGGUUUUUCCUCUGUGGACUGUUGAUGAGCUGAACUGAACUUGUUCACGUUACGUAGCUGCUGGCCGGCAUGUCCAGAUGGCCAGGAUGAACUUGGAUUUUACUGACUUUGAUAAAAACACUUUUUUCCCCCUUGUAUGAUAAUGAGCCAAACCACAGUGUGCAUUCUUUUUAUAUUGAGCUUUCCACAAGGCCCUUGGGAGCAGCAUCCUCACCUCCCAAAAGGAUUGAAAAGGGGCUGGUUGGCGAUUUUAGGAACAAAGAGACUGCUGGAAGCUCUCCAGCAAAGGGUAAAAAUUCAAGGAGGACCCUGUUCAAAGCUGCCUUGAGAUCAAUUCCUGGAUGACCUCUUUUGCCAGGGCUGGUUGGGACCUGACUGGACAGGAGGCUGGCUGUGUUCCGGAUGGGCAGGGGUGACAGGGCUUCUAAAUCCUCAAGAGGCUGGCAGAACCAGAGUUUAAUUUUUUCUAGGUAGGGUAAGAAAUGAUUAGCCUCUCCAGUAGAAAGGUGUGGUUAAAACGUUUUAACAUGGUUUUAGGUAUAUAUUUAUUGAUGCAACACAUGUAGUAGCCAGAUUCACUCAAGAUACUUCUCAAGUUCAAGAGAGUUAGGGGAAGAUUAGACAGAGGUAUAUUGUCCCAUGUAGAUUCGGGCAGUAAAAUAAAGAGACAAAAGUCGAUCUAAGUAGCAAAGUACUGAUCUUGGUCGCAAAGCACUUAAUUCCUAUUGGAUGGGGCUUGUGCCCGUUCACCUGCUUCACUGUUGCCUUGGAUGACUGACAGUUGUGUGACUGUCCAAGCUGAGUGGACAAUGCAGGUGGGAUGUUUCAAAGGUGUUUUUUUAAAGGCAACUGGAUUCCCCCCCCCUCCCGAAGAAGAAGAUAUUUCAAGAACUUUCAUCAGUUCUGGCAGGAUGGUUUGGACGAUGGAAGGAGGGAAAGAACAUUCCAGUUGCCUUUUGAAAAUAAUAAUAAUAAUAAUUGAGACUAUUAUGACCUGGAUGACUGAGACAUGCCGGUGUGGUGCCAACCUUAGAGAGAUGACCAUGGCAGCUGUAGGAGCAGUUUUCCUUGCCAAAGUCCUCCCCACACCCCAGCCCCACCAGACUGACAGUGGCCAGGAUUCUUGGUUAACUGGAUUGAGGCUGUGGGCCACGGAGGCCGGGCAGUGGGAAAAGGCAAUUCCCCAGCACAGGAGAACAGUCAUGGAAAGCUGCCUCCUUAUCUAGCCUUGGCAUGCAGGAAGAGUCCUUGUGCCUCAAAUGGGUAGAGGUUGAGACGGGUUUCCAUUAGUGGAACCGACACUAAGCAAGUGGCCCCUUCCUCUUUCUGCCCUCCUCCCAUUAGUAGCCCUUGAUACAAGAUGGUGGUUGGCACCAUCCAAAGUACCCAGAGGUCUCCUGCCCACCUUAGAUACAAGUAGAGUUCAGCUCUUGGUUUCUUGAGAAAUUGUGGCCUUCUCUCUUAGCUCUUACGAUAUGUUCUUCACCCGAAUUUUUGUACUUUUUUGCUGUAUAUUGCUUCUUGGACUUUGGCCUUUAGCUUCUAUUAAAAGCUUUGUAACAUC